GUGCCAGCCAGGCAGAGGAAGUCCACCUUUCCUCCCCACCUAUCCCCUGCGAGUCACAGAGGCAAGGCUGAGAACAAGCCCUUGUGCUCAUUGCUUCUUUUCCCCCAAGCUCUUAGCAGUGUGGACACUGAUUAACGGCAGCUGGGAUCUAGUUUGCCCAGCCUGUCUUUGAAACCCAUCAAUGAGUUCCUUCUCGAGGAAUGCUCCCCACUAACUGCAGAGGAGGAGGCUGUGGGGGUCCUCUCCAACAUGGGCAUCCUGGUUCUGACUGCCUAAGUGAAGGUAUUACAAGUGGAUAAAUAAUGUGCACUGCUCUGAGCCCAAAGGUACGCAGUGGACCUGGCCUCUCUGAUAUGCAUCAGUAUAGCCAAUGGCUGGCCAGCAGACAUGAAGCUAAUUUGCUACCUAUGAAAGAAGAUCUGGCCUUGUGGUUAACCAACCUAUUAGGGAAGGAGAUAACUGCAGAAACUUUCAUGGAGAAAUUGGAUAAUGGUGCCUUGCUCUGUCAACUUGCAGAAACUGUGCAGGAGAAAUUCAAAGAGAGCGUGGAUGCCAACAAGCCCACAAAGAAUCUGCCCUUGAAGAAGAUUCCAUGCAAAGCCAGCGCACCCUCAGGAUCCUUUUUCGCCCGAGACAACACAGCAAAUUUCUUAUCCUGGUGCCGAGAUUUAGGGGUAGAUGAAACAUGUCUGUUUGAGUCGGAAGGUUUGGUCCUCCACAAGCAACCCAGAGAAGUGUGUCUCUGUUUGCUAGAGCUUGGCCGGAUUGCAGCCAGGUAUGGUGUGGAGCCUCCUGGUUUGAUAAAGUUGGAAAAAGAGAUUGAACAAGAAGAAACACUUUCUGCCCCUUCUCCUUCACCUUCUCCUUCAUCAAAAUCUUCUGGAAAAAAAAGUACGGGCAACUUACUGGAUGAUGCAGUGAAACGGAUUUCUGAAGAUCCUCCUUGCAAAUGCCCAAACAAAUUCUGUGUGGAGAGGCUCUCUCAAGGAAGAUACCGAGUGGGAGAAAAGAUCCUCUUCAUUAGGAUGCUGCACAACAAACACGUCAUGGUCCGUGUGGGAGGAGGAUGGGAAACAUUUGCAGGGUACCUGUUGAAACACGACCCCUGCCGGAUGCUGCAGAUCUCUCGCGUGGAUGGCAAAACAUCCCCCAUCCAGAGCAAAUCUCCAACCCUCAAGGACAUGAAUCCAGAUAAUUACCUGGUGGUCUCUGCCAAUUAUAAGGCUAAGAAGGAGAUUAAAUGAAACUAGUUGGUCAUUACAAGGGGACUCUCAUAAUGGCCUGCAUCCACUUCUCCAGUGUAGUCAGUUUAGUUCACAUGCUCUGAAAAUUACUUUGGAAAAAGGCUUAACACAGAAAAAUGUCAUCAUGUUGAAAAAUGUCCAAAGAGUAGCACUAUUUAUUUUAAUGCUUCUAUAGAAAAUAACCUAUUAAAAGAAAUUCUAAACUCAGAUUUAAAUUAGACAAAUUGUAGGCAAAUUAUUAUUUCUCACUAUGUGAACACAGUAUUUUAGAACACAAUAUUAGAAAUACCAUUCAAGCUAGAGAUAAAAACUGUUAUUAGAGGAAAGUAUUUAGGAUUUGCAGAUAAGUCAACAGAAGGUGCCUGUUUUAUGUCUACAGAGUAAAAGCACCCCAGACAUUUUAAUUGCAGGAUUUUUAAGCUAAUUUUUAAAAAGUGACAAUUAGUAUGAUAAUGUGCUACUAAAAAUAUCCAACAGCACUAUAAAUAAGUACAGAGUAUUCACAACAGUAAUAGUUUCCUGGAAGGGCCACUUUAGAAAAGUUUACAUUCACUUGGAAGAUUGCCUUAAAGUUUAUCCCUUAUCUACAGCCAAAUAGCUGGGGUACUUUUAGAUGUUUUCCGUACACCCCUGGGAGAGUCGCUUAUGAAUUGUUUCACACAUUCCUAAGCUUAUGGCUGUGUUGAGACGGACAGUGUAAUGCACACACAUAAGCUGACAUACGUUUAUAUUUUGACAGAGUAAAUUGUACAGUCAAAUGUUCCCUGACUUCAUGUUAUUUUAAGGCAUUUUCUUAUUAAAGUAUAUCUUUAGUUAAUCCUACUUUGCUAUGCUGUCUAGUAAGGUAAAUUCACUGUAGCUAAUGAUGUUACAGACUUAUAUAUACCCUUGUAUACCUAGGACACAGCUGUUUUGUACCCAUAAACAGCAAAAUAUUGUCCUCCCUGAUUCAAGAAUUAAAAAGAUAAAUU